UCACUUUGAUCUUUCAUAAUUUACAUAUGGAACUUAUCAAAUUGCAGAAGUUUCCAAUUUUAAAUAUCCCUUUUUUUUUAAAGUUUUAGCGUGAGAAUGUUUUAUAAUUUUCUCAAGUUGUAAGUUAAAAAAAAGCAUUUUAGGAGCAAAAUCUGAUAGAGACAGCCCUGUACCGCGACAAAAAUAGCAGACGACAGAGCGCUGUGUCUUCCAACCGCUCGCGAUCCCUGAACGUGAAAGCGGGAGACCCGUAAUCAUUUUACCUUUUUAUCGAAACUGCGAAAGUUAUACGAACGACGAAUAUACGAAUAUGGCUGAGAUAACGGAUUUCGGUCCACGAAAGACGAUUUUCAUUCUGGCGAUUGUGACUGGGUGUUUCGCGGUAUUAUGGCCGAAAAUUUUCUAUCCUAUGCUUACAGCAUCUGUCACUCCGCAACAGACACCCGAUAGUUCUGCAUGCUGCGACGUAAUAUUUGAAAGCGACGUCAAUGCUGCGGAUAUUAUGUAUGAAAUAUGUCAGAACAUAUUGAAGCAUCAUCAAGUCGAUCCACGAGUAAGGGACGUUCUGAAAACUGUAAAACUGACGCCGCAAAGCGCGAGCUUAUGUAGAGAAGAAAUUUUAGCCAGAUGUGGCAUAGAUUUGUCUACAUUUCUCGCCGAAAGAGAACGCUUGGGGAAAUCUUCUAAACAAGUUUUGGAAGAGAUCAGAUCAUUUAAUGGUUCCCUCUGCCUUAAGAUGCAUUUUGGUAUACCCCUUUCUCAGUUAGGAACUCCACAUCUCAUCAGAUAUCAUAUUUUAAUGCCGCACAUUACAAUACGACAAGAACGACGCACGCCCCCUCAUGCGGGUGGUUUGCAUCCUGCAUUGAGAGAACGUGGCAGAGCCAUACCUUCCUCUCAUAUUGUUCCAAAGGUGGUAGAUAGACCCGAUCAUGUUGUGCCAAAAAUGAGACCACCCUUGGGCGGUGCAGGACAUGUUGUUCCUGCACCGAAAGGAAGUGGUAUAAUGGGGAUCAUUAUGCCACUAUACACAUUAGGCAUUGUACUGUUUUUCCUGUAUACGAUCGUCAAGGUGUUGAAGAAAAAUUCGGAUGGCGAAAUAAUUUCAGAGUAUCCAGGAGCUGCUGCAGAGAAAGAAUUUCGAAAAAUGGUAUUUAGUCCAGAAGCCUUUGCUAGUGCGAUGACCAGUGGCACGAUGCAUCACCAAAAAGAAAGAUCGGUAUCCCCCCACAGACCUGCGCCAACCAUAGAAGAAUUAAACGAUCAAGCGGCAGGAGACAUAGAGAUAGAUCAACUGAGACGACGUUUGGUCGAGACGGAAGCAGCCAUGGAAAGAAUUGUUGUCCAGAUGGGCAACAUAUCACGUUCGGUUAUGCAUAGUCCAAGCUCGCAACAAGAACACAAGGACGAUACCGAUGUCCAGGUUGAUCGUAGUGCAACAGACAAAGAAGUAGAAAAUAUUGAAAAUUCACCGACUGUUAAAGUUAUGGGUAUGGAAAUGACAGCUAGUUGCGAGGGUAAAGGUAGUAGACCUACUACUCCUAUAAUACCUAUUUCACCCAGCCAUGUUGAGAGGGAGAAAACACCGCCUAAGCCAAUAUAUUUAGAAGGUGCACUUCCACCGCAAUGUGAAUUACUUGUAACAGAUUCAAAAACGCAAGCUCAAAAGGCGGAAGAGGAUGCAGAAGCACCUGUCGUACUCUCAGGCAAAAUGAUCCUCUCCCUUAUCAGUCUCGACCAAAAUGCAGCUGAAUUCGAAGAAGAAAAUCAGGAAGAAGUUGGAACGGUUGAAUGUAGAAAAGAAGAUGAGACGCAAGAAACUGAGGAUGUAAAUAAAGACCAUGCGAGGAAACAAGUGGAAGCAGAAAUGGAUGAAAGCAACAAGGAAGAAAUAAAUGUAGAGAUAGACGAUAGGAAAAACUAUGAAGCUGAAAUAGAAGUAGGUGUCGAGGAUGAAGAGUCAGAGGUGGAAGUAAGCGAUAAUGAGGAUGAAGAAUCAGAGGUAGAUGUAAGCGAUAACGAAUACGAAGAGUCAGAUGUAGAAGUUAGUGAUAACGAAGCUGAAGAAUCAGAGGUGGAAGUAAGCGAUAAUGAAGAUGAAGAGUCAGAGGUAGAAGUUAGUGAUAACGAGGCUGAAGAAUCAGAGGUGGAAGUAAGUGAUAACGAAGCUGAAGAAUACGAGGUAGAAACUGAAGAAUCAGAGGUGGAAGUAAGUGAUAACGAAUAUGAUAAAUCGAAGGCAGAAGUAAAUGUUAUUGAAGAUGAAGAAUCAGAGGUAGAAGUAAGCGAAGAUGAAGAAGAAGUAAAUAAUUAAAUCAAUCGGAUAAUGAGGGAAUAAAAUGUUGGUCGAGCACUGUCGAACACCUAAUUUCACAAGACUCUAAUUUACUACAUGCUUACAUUAUUGCCUGUUGUAUUCUAUACUCAAUAAAGUCAGAAAUUCAUUAAUCGGAGGGGCCAAGUAAGAGGCAGUGCUUCGUGUACAUGUCCAAUAGUGUCAUUGUGCAAUAAUGAUCGCAGAAUUGUAAUACGGUCAAUGGACACUAUAGUGAUCGAUAUUGUCACGAUACUUAUUAUCAAUUGGGUAUGGUGAUUGGCAAGCACUGAUCUGUAUGCUUGUGCACACACAUGCCAGUCGUUUCUGUUCAACAUGCUAUUGUAAUUUUACUUUUAUUCGUUUAUUUUUUUUUUUUAUUAUUAAUAUCAACGAAUCAAUUUUCUAUGGCAUCCUAUAUGUAGUAUUUGAGUUACAUUUAAAUGUAUUUUUUAAUAACGUAGUCUACAAAGUCAUUUAGUACGUAGUAUUGUCAUUUUCAUACCUAUGCUUAAUCAUGCAAUUAUUGUAUAUUAGAUGCAAACACAAAGUAUAAUAUUUAUUAUUCAUGCGUAUGAUUGCGUGCUGUUCAUUAUGUAAAAAUGCAAAAAAAGUAAAACGCGAAGUUCAAUGUAAUAUUACGCGAAUAUUUGUUUCAAUUGCACGAUUACGUUAACAAUGUAUUCUAAUGUAUAUACAUGCGUACGCCAUUAAUUUUUUCUGUAAUUAUUGCGAGAUGAAGCUGUUAGUAUUGUUAUAUAAUAUCUGUACAAAUAGAUAGAAUUAAUCGUCAAAUCAUAAUAAGCAAAAAAUGCGGGAAAUUGUUAAGUUUACAAAUUGUAUAGAAAAUAUACGUACAUUGAAAAUAAAAUAAUUUUUUUAUUUACUCUCUACAUUAUGGUAUUUUAUAAAGUUACCGUAACUUCUAUUAAAAGUGUUACAAUCCUGAAUUGAAAAUAAAUAUAAAUCCGAGUAUUUCGAAGACGCAAUGCUGCCGCAUUUUUUGUAACAUUAUUAAUAAGCUAGCUCUCGAAAUAUAUUAACAUUUAUUA